CUUAGUAAAUUCUCAACAUUUUUCUCGGAAAUUUCACACUCUUUUUAAUCUUUUAAUUAUGGGAUUUCUUGACACCAUGCGAUCCUCGAGUUAUUAUUAUUCAUCGUCUUACAACAACAUACAAAGCUUGGAAGUAAAACCGAUGCUUCCGCUCGAAUUAAAUGUAUCCAUCGUCUUCUUCUUCAACAGCUCCCCAAAAGUUCGAUGUAUUUCUGAGUUUCAGAGGCAAGGACACGCGCAGGACCUUCAUCAGCUUUCUUUACAGAGAACUCAUCCGAAUGAGUAUUCGAACUUUCAAAGACGACGUCGAACUCAAGAGCGGCCGUAGGAUUUCUUCAGAUCUCCUCACCGCAAUCGAAAACUCCAAAAUCGCCGUCGUGAUUGUCUCAAAGAAUUACCCUGCGUCUCCAUGGUGUCUCCGAGAGCUAGCCAUGAUCAUGGAUGUUGAGAAAAAGGGUUCGCUCAUCGUUAUGCCUAUCUUUUAUAACGUCGAGCCUGCUCAUGUGAGGAGACAAGUCGAAAAAGUAGCUCUACAGUUUAGGAAACAUGAAGAUAGAGAAAAUCACGAGACUGUUGUGUCAUGGAGACAAGCACUGACCAAUUUGGCAAGUAUCUCCGGUCAUUGUUCUCGUGACUGGGAAGAUGAUUCGAAGCUACUCGACGAGAUUACCAAGAGAAUUUCUGACAUGUUGUUAUGCUCUGCAACACCAGCAAGUGAUGGGAACAGUAACGAAUUUGGAUUUGGUGCACACAUGCAAGAAUUGUAUCCAUUGUUGGAUUUGGAUUCUAAUGUAGGUGUGAGAGUGAUUGGAAUUUGGGCAAGAGGAGGUAAUGGAAGAUCAGCUCUAGCUAGAUACGUCUAUCAGAAGAUCUUUAAGCAAUUCCAAAGCCAGUGUUUUCUUGAAAACGUCAAAGAGAUUCCUCGUGAUUGUCAAAUGUCGAAUCUAAAAGACGAGUUUCUGAUCAGGAUUCAAGGAGGGUACUCGAAGAUGAAGACCUCAGGGUUGAUAAAAAAAAGGCUCAUGAGUCAGAAAGUUCUGCUUGUGGCUAACAACGUGGAUAAACUCGAACAGCUAGAUGCUCUUGCGGAAGAUUUUAACUGUUUUGGUCCAGGUAGCCUAGUGAUCAUAACUACACAAGACAAACAACUUCUUGUUGCGUUUGGGGUUAAAAUUGUGUAUGAAGUUGAGUGCUUAAGGUGCUUUGAAGUUCGUCAACUGUUUCGUCAAAUCGGCUUUAGAGAGAGAGAUCUUUAUGAUGCUGGUUCCGAGUUUUCUGAAUCUUCUUGAAUGGUAGGUAACUUGGUCCUAGAGAAAUGGUUAGGUUCCUCUGCAUAAUUCCUAGAACGACUAUUAUAUAGGUAAGUUUUAUUAUACCUAAGACUUAUGUAGAUUUGGCUUAGGAUUAGGAAUAUUGUUUAUCUAUUUUCCGGUGUGCAAAAGAAGUAAUUCCACUGUUGAUCCAAUGUCAAUGCAUGUACAAAGCCACGAAAAGCUCUGUUUUUGUCUUUGAGCUUCUCUGUUUUGAAAUAACAAAUUACAGUAUAGGGUCCUCUCUCUCUCUCUCUUUCUUUGUCUCCCUGUUUAAUUUUCUCUAUGUUUGUAUAUGUAAUUUAAAGAUUUCUAUUGACCAUCAAAGUAUUAAGGAAAGAGUAUCAUCAUAUCACCUAUGAUUACUCAAAUCCCAUAUAUUACUUUAAUAUACAUUAAUUAUAUUAUUCUAUGUAAUCCCUUUAAUUAUAUCAUUUGAUUAUGGUUUGUGCUUAUAUAUAAGUUGUAUCAUUCUAUUUGAUAAUAGUACACAACAAUAUAAUACAAUUAUAUUCUCUCUA